AUGGCGUACUACGGCGGUGACCCCUACGCCCGCCCUCCUUCAGACAGACCUCCAUACGACCGCCCUCCAUACCAACAGUCUCCUUACGACCGUCCACCAUACGAUCGCGGCCCAUACAGCGGCGGUCCCCCUCAAGGCGCUCGUCCCCCUCCUGGCCCCCCGCCUCCCCUCCCCCCAGGAUGGCACCAAGAAUGGGAGCCUAAUACCCGUCGCGCAUUCUGGGUUGAAGACCAGACUGGUCGUGCCCAGUGGGAACCCCCAUAUGGCCCCGGUCCUGACUACGGUCCUCGCGGUGGCCCCCCACCUGAGCCUUACUACCCUCCUCAGGGUCCUCCUCCCGGCGCUUACGAUCAGCGUGGUCCCGGCGGCUACGAUUACCCUCCCCAGCAGCAACAGCAGCAGGAACCCCAGAAGAGCAACACUGGAAAGUACAUUGCGGCUGGUCUUGCAGGUGUGGCUCUUGGUGGACUUGGUGGCGCUUUCAUUGAGCAUGAGAUUGAUGAAAACAACGAGGAGGACGAUGAGCGCCGCGCUUACGAAGAUGGUCGCGAGGACCAGGCUUUUGACGACUGGUGA